AUAUUCCGUUGCUUGAUUAACGGGUUUUCCGUUGAGAAAUCCAAGAACCCCAGGAAGGGAUGGCGGGUGAGACAGAGGGUUACUUUUCGCAUCUUUCCUCUCUCUCCCCUCCCCUUUUUCGCUAAUUAUGCAGUUUCUUUGAUUCUAACUCCUGUACAAGGAGUUUGGGUUGUGUCGUUGUUGAUUCUUGUUCAGUGAUCGUCAGGGAUGUGAUUUGGAAUCAGGGAUGGUUACCCGAAACGCAGACUCUUCUCAGGGAGAUGGUGGUUCGACCUCUCCUCCCCAUGGGCUGGAGGCUGAUCAGCUGCGUUAUCGUGCUGGCAAUAAUGUUUUUAAGAGUGGGCCACUUUUCAUUUCGUCAAAAGGAAUAGGAUGGACAUCAUGGAAGAAAAGAUGGUUUAUUUUAACUCGUUCGUCAUUGGUCUUCUUCAGAAGUGAUCCGAAUGUGGUUACUCAAAAAAGCGGUGAGGUGAAUCUUACCCUUGGUGGUAUUGACCUAAACAACUCAGGCAGUGUGGUUGUCAAAGCAGAUAAAAAACUCUUGACUGUGCUCUUCCCUGAUGGUCGUGAUGGGCGAACUUUCACACUCAAGGCUGAGACUUCAGAGGACCUACUUGAGUGGAAGAAUGCACUUGAGACUGCUUUGGAACAAGCACCAAGUGCAGCUCUUGUGAUGGGACAGAAUGGCAUCUUCAGAAAUGAUGCAGCUGAUAUAGUAGAUGGCACUUUGGAGCAGUGUAGAGAUAAACAGCAAUUAAAGUCCAUAGUUGUUGGUACGCCAAUUUUACUUGCUUUGGAAGAUAUUGAUGGAACUCCGUCUUUCUUGGAAAAAGCCCUUACGUUUCUAGAGCAGUAUGGAGUAAAAGAAGAAGGUAUCUUGCGACAAGCUGCCGAUGUUGACGAUGUUGAACGUCGAGUUCGUGAAUAUGAGGAAGGAAAAAGUGAGUUUUCUCCGGAGGAGGAUGCACAUGUGAUUGCUGAUUGUGUUAAGCAUGUACUUCGGGAGUUACCUACAUCCCCAGUUCCUGCAUCUUGCUGCAAUGCACUACUAGAAGCAUACCGAUCUGAUCGUGGUGUUAGAAUCAAUACCAUGCGUGCAGCAAUAGCUGAAACUUUCCCAGAGCCAAAUUGCCGCUUGUUGCAAAGAAUACUUAAGAUGAUGCAAGCUGUGGCUUCUCACAAAGCUGAGAACAGGAUGAGCUUGCCAGCUGUAGCAUCUUGCAUGGCACCCUUACUUCUUCGUCCUCUUCUGGCUGGAGACUGUGAGCUUGGCAAUGAUUUUAAAAUGGGUGGGGAUGGUUCAGUUCAACUUCUGCAAGCUGCUGCUGCAGCUAACCAUGCUCAAGCCAUUAUAAUAACUCUACUAGAGGAGUACAACAACAUAUUUAGGGAUCACCAGCUCCAGGAUGGUUCCUACUCUCCUGAAUUGUACUCUGAUUCAGAAGGGAGUGGCAGUGAGGAUGAGGAGGCCAGUGAUGAUGAUGAGUGCAAUUAUUCACAGCUUGAUCUUGAUGCAGAUACAGAAGAGGAUUCUGAACAUGUAUCAAGUGGAACUUGCAGUGAAAGCAGUGGAAAUGAAGGCAACAAUCUAAAUGAUUAUGAGGUUUCUGAAGGGUCUGACUCCGGUUAUGAGUCUUCUGCAGUCAGUGAAGAUUCUGCUGCCAAUCAUGAGUCACCAAGUGAACCUCAGACUUCAGUGCCUCAGGAUGCUGGUCUACAAAGCAAUAACAAUUUGAAGAGUGAAGAAAAUAUCAGUUUGGCAGUGUAUGCUACUGAGUCUUGUGAAUCUAUGGGAGAAGUCCCUGCCUCAACAGUGGGAGAUAUCCCUACCUCAACAACUCCAGUGCAAAAGGAAACUGGUUAUGAUCGGUCUUCAUCCAGUUCAAAAUCUACAAAUAUACAGAAUGAACCUGUACCUUGUGCCAAACGUCGAACUGUUUGGGGGCGUACUUCUGCAAUGAAAAACCUUUCCACAGAAUCCAUUGACCAUCCAAUUGAAGACGAGGCUGUAAUUCUGAGGCUUGAGGUCACUAAAAAUGACUUACAAAAUAGAAUUGCGAAGGAGGAAAAAGGGAAUGUGAUCCUGAAAGCAAGUCUGAAGAGACGAAAGGAGGCUUUGCAUGACCGUCGUUUGGCUCUUGAGCAAGAUGUAGCAAGACUACAGGAACAGUUGCAACAAGAGAUCGAUUUGAGAGAAGCUUUGGAAGCUGGGCUUAGUAUGUCCCUAGGACAUUUUCCUGUCUCGGCCACUAUUGAUUGCAUGAUAAAGGCAGAUCUCGAGGAAAUUGCUGUUGCAGAAGCAGAUGUCAUUAAUUUGAAUAAAAAAGUUGCUGAUCUCCAUGUGCAGCUUGAUCAACAACGUCAGAAAAACCAUGGGUCCGUAAAAGACUCACACAGCCAGCAGCAACAAACACCAGAUUGUCGAACAUUGCUGAAUGAUAAUCAACAGAAAGCAAUUGAAACUACAGAACCAGCACACCCUCAUGAAAGGACAAGAAACACUAGUCUGGAUGGAGCGGACAGUGUGAAUGUGAGGACACAAGAACAUCAAUCUUUAUCAAACAACCAAGUACCUCACAAAAAGCGUCUUGAUUCAUUAUAUGACAACCUUGUCAAAUCUAGGGGGGUCCCUGCUACUUCAUGUGCUGUGCUGCCAGUGGUAGUUGAGCCUACUGCUUCAUCCAACUCCAAGAAGUCUAGCACGAAGGAUGAGAAUCCUAAAGUGGCUCCAGCUGACUAUGAGAAUUUGAAGACACAAGAGCCACCAUCUCUAUCAAGAAAACAACCAUCCAAGAAGCCGCAGCUAGAUUCAAAAAGUCAUAACAGCACUGAAUCUGCUGGAAUAUCGGCCACUUCAUCUGUAGUGGAGCCUAUUGCUUCAUCAAACACUAAGACGUCUGGUUCAAAGGGUGAGGGAACUGUGUCCACAUCUUCUGCACUGACAAAAUUGACGACCCGACUCAACUUCCUGAAAGAACGGCGCAACCAGAUUGUAAAUGAGCUUCAAAACCUAGACAAGGGUCGUGGAUCUGAGGGUCAAUCAGUCGCUGCUCUUUCACCCAAGGACAAGUGUAUGAGCAGGAUCACCUAAUUUCUACUUUGGGGCUUGGCCAGGAACUUUGUGAGGUUGCUUCUCAUCAACUUUUUUAAGGGUGCCUGAGGUCAGAGCAGAAGUUGUAUAGGUCAUCUUUAGUCAUUGGAGCAAAGUGUGUUAUUUCUUUCUCCUAUUCUUGAUCCUCAAAAAUUGUAUGGGAAAGCUAGAAUUCAAAAUUCUGAGCAUUUAUGGUUAACACACUGGAGUAAAUUGAUUGGUGUUGUGAUGCAAUUCAUCUUGAUGGACACACUUUUAAAAUG